UUGAAAUGAUAAAGGGAUUAGAAAAACUGAGUUUGUGACAAAGACUUAAUUCCUUUGAUACCUAGAUUAAUAAUAACAACCUGAGAUGAGAUUCUAAAAACUUAAACCUGAGUAAAACCCGGUCUUUACGUCUACUUAGACCCAAGUAAAGCUCAAGUCAAGACUCGGGUUUUGGAUGGCCUUGAGUUUAGUAAAAACCAACCACCUUGGGUUUUUCGCUUUUUAAGGCUCAGGUCUUCAACAGCUGAUGAUCCUCUGGAUUCCUGCCGUAAAAUAUCGUUUGAUGGAUUUAAGAGUUGUAACACUUCUAAGGUUCAAGAUUUUUCAACAUUGUAAAAAGAUAGUUUAUUCUAUUUUUAAUAUAGAUGUCGUCUGUGAUUCCGUUGUUGAUAAAAUUAUCUUGAUUCUGUAUUCAGGGGCGUAUUCAAGAAUUUAUUCAGAGGGGAGCAUACUUUUUUUCGGUUUAAAAGGGGGGGGGGAUGCAACCUUUGUUGGGGCCCCAAAACCCCUGGAAAUCAUAGAUUUCACAGAUCCAGGGAUGGGGGGGGGGGCUGAGCACCCAAAGCCCCCUUACCCAAAUACGCCCCUGUCUGUAUUUUAAGUUCAGUUCUUUCUUGACAUUCGUCACGCUACAAUAGUAAUAUUUCUCUGUUUCUUUUCAGACUGCUGUUUCAUAAAAAUGGCAGAAACAACUCCUGUAUCAACUCUAUUCAGGGAGUUCUGGGAUUGGAGAUUAAAGAGAAGUCCAGAAUUCAGUACAAUGGUUGGAAACAUGGAGCAUAAUCAUAUUUUGGAGCAGUUUACAGAAACCAGGUUUAAUGAAGAUCUAAAGUCCUGUGAGGAGUUCAAGGGUAGAGCAGAGAAACUGCUCAGUUCUACUGCAGAUCCGGAGCAGAACUUGAACCUUAGAUUUCUCAUCGCGGAACUGGAUACAUUCAUAUCCGGGUUUCCCUUUACUGGUUUCUAUUACCCCAUGAACUAUAUGGAGGGGGUGCAGGUUGAUUUUGAAAAGCUUUUAGAGUGGAGUCCACCAGAAUCUGUUAAGGACUAUGAAAACAUCAUUGCAAGAUACUCCAAGUUCUCUACCCUGGCUGAUCAGAUAGUUGGGAUGAUGAGGAAAGGAAUUGAAAUGAAGCGAACCAACCAUGCAGUUUCCAUGCAGGGGGUGGAGGAACAGUGCAGAUCUCACCUAGGAGAACCCAGGGAAACUGUUUUCUAUAAACCCUUUCAGACUUUAAACUUCACGGACCAGGAAAACAAGCGACUACAGGCUGAAGCUCUCUCUGCCAUUGAAUCCUCCGUGCAAGCUGGAUUUCUGACAUUGGCCAACUUUGUGUCGACUGAGUACGCUUCUGCAACCCGACCAGAGAUAGGAGCUUCUAGCAUUUCAGCUGAGUAUUACAAGGCAUGCUUGGCCUUCCACACCUCGACCAACCUGACCGCCGAGGAGAUCCAUCAGAAGGGGUUGGACGAGGUUGGGAAGAUUGAGGAGGAGAUGAGGGAAGUAAUCAAGGAAAUGGGACUCAACCUCACCUUGCCUCAGUUCAUGGAGAAGCUUAGGACAGAUAAGAGCAACUUCUUCAACUCUCCCCAGGAGCUGCUUGACACCUUCAAGGAUAUUAUCGAGAACAAGAUUGAUAAACAUAUUCUUCUACUCUUCCAUUCUAAACCUAAAACUAAGAUGGAGAUAAGAGAGACUCCAGCAAGUACCCCUGAUGCCCCUGCUGCCUAUUAUAUAGCAGGCACUGUUGAUGGUUCCAGGCCCGGACGUCUUUACGUGAACACUCAUAAGUACCAGAGCCAACCUAGAUAUGAGAUGAUCAGUCUCAGCCUUCAUGAAUCCAACCCAGGACACCAUCUCCAGGGUUCGUAUACGCUUGAGAGAGCUGGGUGGCCUGAAUUCCGUAAAUCCAUGGAGGAUAGAGUAUAUUCACAAACUCCAACAAGAUUUCCCAUCAACACUGCAUACGUAGAGGGUUGGGGUUUGUACUGCGAGACUCUGGGAUUUGAUAUGGGAUUGUAUUCUAACCCAUUAGACAGGUAUGGGCAUCUUAGUGAGGAGAUAUUUCGUGCAUGUCGACUUGUUGUUGAUACGGGUAUGCAUGCUCUGGGUUGGAGUCAGGAGAAGGCAGUAGAGUAUAUGCUGACCCAUUCAGCAGCUACACUAGACAAUAUCAAGGGAGAGGUUAACCGGUAUGUGACCUGGCCUGGGCAAGCUACUGGAUACAAGAUCGGUCAGAUGAAGAUUAGAGAGCUCAGAGCUCUAGCUGAGACACAACUAGGAGAUAAGUUCAAUAUCAAGGAUUUUCAUGAGGCUGUACUGCAAGCUGCCGGUCCUCUGUUUAUACUGGAGCAGCAAGUUGAGCAGUACAUUAACAACAACAAAUAAACAAGUUGAGCAGUACAUUAACAACAACAAAUAAACAAGAAGUACAUAACUUCACUGUCUACUUAAGUAAAAUCGACCAAAUAACAAACUUUUACCAGUGUUUAUGUUGAAAUAAAUGCUAUUUUAUUAGUGCCUUACAAUA